CUCGCUCUUAUUUUGACGAUCUCUGCCUGCGGCUGCUUCUACUUCCUGCCCAACGUGUUUCCUGCUUCUGCCCAAAGUGAAGCCGACAGGAGUCAACAAACUGGAUCCAGUGGCCAGAACCAUAGACUAGAGGAAAAUGGAGCCAUAGACUCCCAGUAUAUAAUCCAUAAAUGAUAUCCUGUGUCAAACUAAAAUGAUGAUAUUGAAAUCCACUGUAACAAUAACAAUCCUGACUUGUUAUCUUGUUGUUUCUUAUAUUUUAAAUUCAUAUACACAAAUGUAGGAUAACCACAACUACACACACACACACUCACACUAAACACACCUUCUUUCACAUGCAUCUCCUCUGGAGUUGCAUUAGCCUCUUCUGCCCCCUGCUGGCCAGCAGCGUGUGUGGCAGCCGUGGGAAAGUUACAGCAGCGAUUCAGUGAACUUCAUCUUUUAAUCUCCUCCAAUCCGCUCAUUGUUGGAGCUGCUGGCUCCUCGGGGGCGUCGCCUGACGAGGAACCAGAACAUGAACGAUAGUCACGUCACCAGUUGAACCAGGGAUCGACUGGCUGGACUGGUUUGACACAUAGUUCAAAGAGAGGCCCGGGGGGGGGGGUGUAAUGCUCUGCCUCUGUGUCGAGUUGAAACACACAGAAGGAUUAACUUCCUGUAGCCUGAUGCUUCCUGAGCAGCUUCACAUCAGAACCACUCAGAUCACAGAACACUAGAACUUCCUCUCACUGGUUCCAGUCCCAGACCAGUGGAAACCCUGCAAACAUGUGCAAGAUUUUAAUUUUCAAAUAUUAUGGUUGUUUGUUGCCUUUUGUCUUUUCUAUUAAGGUUUAGGGUUUAAAUAUAUGUUUAUAUAAUAUAUAUAUCUUCUCUUAUGGUUAUAUUUGAACCCUGUUCAGCACAGUUGUUUUCAAUGUGCCUCAUAAAUAAACUUUAAACUCUUCAGAAAAAGAUUGAUCAUAUAUUAUGAGUUUAUAUAAUAUAAUGCAUAGAUUAUAGAUUCAUGUAUAAACAGGAUAUGGCUCCACCUCAGUAUCAAUGCUCCAGAUAUUGAGUAAUGAACUCUUUUAUUUUGAAGUGGUAUCAGAAUGACACUGACCUGUUGUUGGACGUCUUCUCCGUCUGGUCAGUUCUGGCAGUUCGGUGAGUGGGUGGAGGUGGUGGUCGACGACCGGCUGCCGGUGAAGGACGGGAAGCUGCUGUUCGUCCACUCGGUGGAGGGGACGGAGUUCUGGAGCGCGCUGCUGGAGAAGGCCUACGCCAAGCUGAACGGCUGCUAUGAAGCUCUGUCGGGCGGCAGCACGUCCGAGGGGUUCGAGGACUUCACCGGCGGCGUGACGGAGAUGUUCGACCUCCCGAAGGCGCCGCCUGACCUCUACAGCAUCAUCCACCGGGCCAUCGAGCGGGGGUCCCUGCUGGGCUGCUCCAUCGACGUCACCAGCACACGGGACAAGGAGGCCGUGACCUUCAAGAAGCUGGUGAAGGGACACGCCUACUCUGUGACCGCGGUGGACGAGGUGGUGUACAGAGGGAACAUGACCAAGCUGGUCCGCAUCAGGAACCCCUGGGGGGAGGUGGAGUGGACCGGGGCCUGGAGCGACAACUCCAGAGAGUGGGACAGCGUGGACCGCUCCGUCAGAGGUCGGCUUCAGAACCAAAGUGACGACGGGGAGUUCUGGAUGUCCUUCAGCGACUUCCUGCGUGAGUUCAGCCGUCUGGAGAUCUGCAACAUCACGGCCGACGCUCUGCAGAACAGCCAGCUGAAGAAGUGGAGCUCCUCGCUCUACCAGGGGGAGUGGAGGAGAGGCAGCACAGCAGGGGGCUGCAGGAACUUCCCAGCCACCUUCUGGCUCAACCCUCAGUUCAAGAUCGCCCUGCAGCACCCGGACGCCCCCGGCCAAUCAGAGUGCAGCUUCCUGGUGGCCCUGAUGCAGAAGGACCGCAGGAAGAAGCGUCGAGAAGGAAAAGACAUGGAGACCAUCGGGUUCGCCCUGUACGAGGUUCCAGACGAGUUCGCGGGCCGGUCCGGGGUCCACCUGAAGAGGGACUUCUUCCUCACCCACGGCUCCAGCGCUCGCUCCGAGCUCUUCAUCAACCUGAGGGAGGUCAGCUCGCGGCUGCGGCUGCCGGCGGGCGAGUACAUCAUCGUGCCGUCCACGUUCGAUCCCAACAAAGAGGCCGACUUCGUCCUCAGGGUUUUCUCUGAGAAGCCGGCGGCCUCCGAGGAGCUGGACGACGAGGUGGAGGCGGAGCUUCCCACUGAGGUCGAGGUGGACGAGAGCCAGAUCGACGCCGCCUUCAAGAACCUGUUCAGGCAGCUGGCCGGGCCGGACAUGGAGAUCAGUCUGACGGAGCUGCAGACCAUCCUCAACAGGAUCAUCAGCAAGCAUAAAGACCUGAAGACGGACGGCUUCACCAAAGAGUCGUGUCGCAGCAUGAUCAACCUCAUGGACACGGACGGCAGCGGGAAGCUGGGCCUGACGGAGUUCCACGUCCUCUGGGAGAAGAUCAAGCGCUACCUGACCAUCUUCAGGCAGUUCGACCUGGACAAGUCGGGCACCAUGAGCUCCUAUGAGAUGAGGAUGGCUCUGGAGUCUGCAGGUUUCAAGCUGACCAACCACCUGUUCCAGCUGAUCAUCCUGCGCUACACCGAGGCCGACAUGGCCGUGGACUUCGACAACUUCGUGACUUGUCUGGUCCGACUGGAGACCAUGUUCAAAACCUUUAAGACCUUGGACACAGACGCAGACGGACAGAUAACCCUCAACUUCUACCAGUGGAUCACCCUGACCAUGUUUGCCUAGAGAUGAGCGGACAUCUUGUGACUCCAGCAUCCAGCUGCAGCUCCCAGUGUCUCUCACAAGUGCCUUUUCUCCUGCGCCUCCUUGUCCUCCUUGUCCUCCUUGUCCUCCAGGCUGCUCCUCCCUCCUCCUCCGAGGCUGAAGACUCAACCCAUCGUCCCUGUGCCUGUAUCACAAACACCUGCCGACAGGUCCCAGCAGCAGGGGGCGCUCUUCUUUAGCCUGGCAGCCAGCGUAGUGUUUAGAGCCAGUCAGCUGUUCCUCUGUAGCAGACCUCUAGGGGGCAGAAGUGAUCCUAUUUAGAGAGAGCAGACAAAUCCAAACUUUUAUCAUAAAGUAAAUAUAAUAAAUAAAAAUCUCUCAGUAGCAGACCUGUCAGGGGCCAAAGUUAUUCUGCUGCUUUAAUUUCAGAAUGUGGAGAAUUCUUUUUUUAGUUUUAAUCAGAAAUGAACUUUCACGUAAUGCAGAGAUUAGCUCACGUUUACUUUUUAAAGUUACUGCAGCUAGCUUGGUUUCACAGGACGAACCAAGAACGUCAACGAUUUUAAGUCAAAUAAAUGUUUACAAAUAUGUAAAAUGCAUUUAUUUUGUCGUUUAGCAAAAUGCGUUUUUUCAUUUAUAUUUUUGUUUUGUUUUUAUUAGGGGAAAGAUUUAAGUUUCGUGGUUUUGACCUGAAUUAUCUCUCGUGGUUUUCAUUUUAUGAGAAAGUUAGAUUUGGUUGUUUAUGCAGAUAAAGUUGAAUCAAACUUAGUUAUUAACCCUCUUAUAGGUGUAAAGAGGAACUCAUCCACACACACACAAACACACAAACAUAAACAUUUUAAACACACACAAACACGAUCACUCUUGAAAUUUGUGCCAAAACUCAUUUGUCAUUUUUUGUCCUUUUAUUUUAAUUUUAAUCUACAUUGAACCAAAAGUGUGAAAGUUUGCCAUCAUAUUUUGGUCAUUUAUGAAGUUUACUUAUGAAUAUGAUUUUCAUCAUGUAGCACCAGCUAUUAAACGACACUUCUGCAUGACCAAGUUCUUCUGCUGAUUGACUUCUUAACGAUGGGAAUGUGACUUCCUGUCAAACAGGAAGUGCAGAAUCCUCUUUCCUUCUCUUCUCAAGGUGCUUGAGGCUCAGAUCUUCUCCUACCAGAGGAACUCGCUCUUCUUCUUCAUCAAAGAUCUGAGCUGGUGAAUGUUCAUAAUGUGUUAGUGUGGAUCUGCUGGUGUGGUGUCAGGUGACCUCUGACCUGUGCAGAGACCAGUUCAUCAGAAUGGUUUGAUUUCUGUCAGUGAAUCUAUUUAGCUUCAGAACUACUACUCAUCUUUAUGCAUGGUACUUUCUACUGACUGUUUGACAAAAGAAUACUUUUAUAUGAGAAGAUAAUAAAGGGCCUUGUCAGUUUCUCCUGUCAGAGGGAACUCGUCAGUACUGACAGAGAAACAGUACUGACACAUGAAUGUUGUGUGCAUGCAGUGUGAACUGUGAGACGUGUUUCUGCCUGAUUUCUGCUCAGCUGGGGGGGGCAAAGCUUUUAUUUUGAAGAGUUGUAUUAACAAAGUGUCAUCGAUCCAGAUACGAUCAACUGACCGCGUCUGUUCUGCCAACUGACCAGUUUUGGUCUUUUAACGUGGAAGAGUUGCAUUUUUUCAAUAUUUUUCCUGCGUGUGCUCCUGUGAGAAUCUGCAGCGUCAUGUCGAGUUUGUGCAGCGUCAUGCUUAUGCAACAUCAGCUCAUGUUGACAGGGCAGUGUCCUGGUUCCCUUUGGACCCGCUCCUCAUGUUGGUUCACGGCUCAGCUUCCUGUCAGACUUCAGUCACUCUCUGCAAAUAAACUGAGGUUUUCACCA